ACUUUUCGAAGUAGCAGCCCGGAACUCCGGAUCCACCGCUACCGCCGCCGCGUCUAAACCCUCCACCGCCGCGGUGCGUCAGAGGCAGAGGCAGAGAGGCAGAGGCAGAGGCAGCCAUGGGGAGCCGCCUCGGGCGCCGCGUGAUCCACUUUGCCAACCUCCCGCUGAAGGUCAUGCUGCCCCCCGCGCCGCUCUCCUCCGUGCAGGAGUUCGCCGUGCGGACCGUCCCCUCCGCUUCCAAGGUGGACAUCCGGCGCUGCCUCGAGUCCAUGUACGGUUUUUCCGUCGCCGAGGUCCGCACGCUUAACAUGGAGGGCAAGAAGCUCCGCCGGGGCCCCUUUCUCUCCGCCAAGCCCGACUACAAGAAGGCCUACGUCACGCUCCGCGCCCCGCUCGCGGUCUCGCGCGACCUGUUCCCCAUCGGGGCCAUCCUCGCGGAGCGGGAGCGGAAAGCCAGCGCAGCCGCUGCGAGGAGGAAGGCGGUGGAGGGCGCCGAGGUGGAGGGGGAGAGCAAGGGGAAGCACUGGAUGGAGGACGAGAGGGAGGGCUUCUCCAGGGCUGGCUGCGGGAAGGUCGUGUAUGGGAACCCUGGGAGGCUGGGGAGGAAGAGGAGGGGAGGGGAUAAGGUGAAGGAGCAAGCUGGGGACGAGGCGGCCAAGUUCCCGUGGUCCGGGAUGCGCCUGGCUACCGAGAAACCGAGGAGGGUGAGACGCUCUCCAUCGAAGAAGGGAAUAGUCCUGAAGCAAAAAUCACGGAAGGUAUCCCUGCAGCACCGCUCAAAGAAGUUGAAAGCUUGAUAGUACUUGACUUGAGCUGCUGUACCGAACCACUGGAGGAUCCUGCCAUCGAGCGUGGAUGCAGGCCGUGGACCCAUAAGUUCGCUGGCGGACCUGCCUUGUUUUUAAAUUACCAAAUAAACACCGAACGUUGAAGGACUUGUAAGGAUUUUGUGCCUUUGAUAUGGGAUUUAGAAGGCUGCAUCGGGCAUGUGUGCUGGAGGACCAGACCUGGAAGGGUUCAUGGGCGUUCCCUAUCCUAUACUGUCCCUUCGUUUGAUAUGAGAAUUGAGAUUUGUUUAGUAAUUAACUGACUACUAGCAUUGCUGAUUAGAGAUCAUGUACUGUUAUUUUUCACUUGCUGUCCGACUCUGUUUAUUUACCUGCUCCGAUGAUCCUUUUAUAGCA